AUGCGGUUACCCUCCGCAGCAGCUCUCUGCCGGAACCUCAGAGCUUCCCCCACAUCGCCGGUGGCCGAAACCAGCCCGAGGAGAGCGGCGGAGCAGAACUGCCUGGCCCUUCUCGAGUCCUGCAGCUCCCCGUCUUCCCUCCAUCAAACUCUAGCCCAACUCCUCAAGUCCGGCCUUCAGGGCAACCCCUUGGUGCUCACCAAGUUCACCGCCACCUGCGCCGCGGUCGGCAGCGGCCUCGACGCCGCCGUCUCCCUCCUCUUCUCCCCCGGCGCCGCCACCCACCUUCGCGACGUCUUCCUCUUUAACACCCUUAUCCGAGCCCACGCCCAGUCCCGCGAUUCCUGCCCCGAUGCUGUCUCCUUCUUCUCCCUCAUGCUCCGCCAUGGCGUCUCCCCCAACAAGUUCACCUUCCCGUUCCUCCUCAAGGCCUGCGCCGGCCAUGGCAGCGUCGCUGUGGGCAUGCAGGCCCACGCCUCCGCCGCCAAGCACGGCUUCGCCGGAGACCCAUAUGUGAUGAACACCCUCAUCCACAUGUACGCCAGCUUCGGGAUCGACACAGUGAGCUCUGCCCGGAAUCUGUUCGACUCAAUGCCGAACACAAGCUCGGUCUCAUGGAGCGCCAUGAUCGGUGGCUAUGUCCGGUGCGGCCUCUGCAACGAGGCGGUGGCGCUCUUCCGCAGAAUGCAGGUCGCCGGCGUCCCUCCAGACGAGGUCACCCUCAUCAUCGUCCUCUCCGCCUGCGCUGACUUGGGCGCCCUCGAGCACGCCAGGUGGAUCGGCACCUACAUAGACAGGGAGAGCGUCCCGAAGACUCUGGAGCUCUGCAACGCCCAGGUGAACGCCCUCGCCAAGUGCGGCGACAUUAAAGGUGCCGUCAAGCUUUUCGAUCUCAUGCCGCAGAAGAGCAUCGUCUCGUGGACCUCGGUGAUCGACGGUCUCGCCAUGCACGGCCAUGGCAGAGAAGCCGUCGCUGUCUUUGAAAGGAUGAAGAAAUCCGGCGUGGCCCCCGACGAUGUCACCUUCAUCGGCGUGCUCUCGGCCUGUAGCCAUGCCGGCAUGGUCGACGAAGGCUGCCGCUACUUCGCCGCCAUGAAAGAACAGCACUGCAUCGACCCGAAGAUCGAGCACUACGGCUGCAUGGUGGACCUGUUCAGCCGGGCGGGCCUUCUCGAGCGGGCGGUGAGCUUCAUCAGAUCGAUGCCGAUCGAGCCCAAUCCGAUCAUUUGGCGGACCCUCGUCGGCGGGUGCCGCCUCCACGGCCAUGGCGGCGCAGGCGAGAGCCUGUCCAUGCAGCUGAUAGCGGAGGAGCCCGCCCACAGCUCGAACUACGUCCUGCUCUCGAACGUCUACGCCAUGAGGAGACAGUACGAGAAGAAAUUCGAGGUCCGGAGGAGGAUGAGCGAGAAGGGUAUCAGGAAGGUGCCUGGUUGUAGCAUGCUGGAACUCGGAGGCGAGAUUCAUGAGUUUGUGGCCGGCGACAGCUCCCACCCGCAGCACGGGGAGAUCAUGGCGAUGGUGGAGGAGGUGGACCGGCGGCUGCGGCGGGCAGGCUACGUGCCGGCCACUGCCGAGGUGCUGCUGGAUGUGGACGAGGAGGACAAGGAGGGCGCGCUGUGCCGGCACAGCGAGAGGCUGGCCAUCGCCUUUGCGCUGCUGCGGACGGCCCCCGGCACGGCCAUCCGGGUGGUGAAGAACCUGCGCGUCUGUGGCGACUGCCAUGAAGUUACCAAGCUCAUCUCCGAGCUCUACUGCAGGGAGAUCAUGGUGAGGGACCGGACCCGCUUCCACCUCUUCAGAAACGGCUCCUGCUCCUGCAGGGACUUCUGGUGA